GUGACACUUGUUUUGGUUACUGUUGGUGUUGUUGAUGAAUUUCCUCAAUAACUUUUAAAAUAUCAGUUCAAAAUGAUCGGUGUUCGAUUAAAUACGUUUAACGAUAGUGCUGGUGAACCUGAGCAAGAUGCUAAUUCAGCUUUGACUGAAUUAGACAAAGGACUAAGAUCGGGUAAAGUGGGCGAACAAUGCGAGGCCAUCGUCCGCUUUCCACGUCUCUUUGAGAAGUACCCUUUUCCCAUUCUAAUAAACUCGUCAUUCCUAAAACUCGCCGAUGUUUUUCGUAUGGGAAACAAUUUCUUGCGUCUUUGGGUGCUGCGUGUGUGCCAGCAGAGCGAGAAACAUUUGGACAAAAUCUUGAAUGUCGACGAGUUUCUUCGUAGGGUCUUCAGUGUUCUUCAUUCAAAUGACCCCGUGGCUAGGGCUUUGGCUUUGAGGACACUCGGGGCAGUGGCUGGGAUUAUUCCUGAAAGGCAGAAUGUCCAUCAUGCCAUCAGACGAGGCCUAGACAGCCAUGACAAUGUUGAAGUUGACGCUGCUAUCUACGCUACCACCAGAUUUGCAGCACAUUCUAAUGCAUUUGCAGUGUCGAUGUGCAACAAAUUAUCAGACAUGGUGGAGUGCGAGAGCACGGGGGCGGAGCGCCGCGCCAAACUAGUGCGGGCACUGAGGACAGUGCAUGGAGGAGCAGUGAGAGCCCAAGGCGUCCUGAAGCUACUACGGUCCCUGUUAGAGCGGUUCCCCGCGUCUCUGGCCGUGCGCGCCGCGAUCUCCGCACUGACAGCUAUCGCUUCAGACACUGUGCUGCAUGUUCCUGAUCAGGUGGAGCUCCUCCUAAGCAUAGCAAUGAAGGACGCCCGAUCAGCCGUUCGCCGCGCAGCCCUACUGGGGCUCCGCAAGCUGGGGGCCCACGCUGCGCUGUGGCCAGCCGAGUGCAUCAGACACUUGGUUGCCUGUGCCGCCUCACAGAAUUCUGACGUCAUGCUAUGUCUGCAAGUUAUGCAGAAACUAGUAGAAUGUCCAGCUAUCUGCGCAGCGGCCGGGUGCCCAGCGGGGGCGGAGUCCGAGGCGAGUCCACUGCGCCAGUUCUGCAGCGACGCGGCUCUCAGCGCCGACCUGAUGCAGGCGGCCACCGCCGCCGCUGUCUUGACCAAGAUCUGUGUGCAUUGCUACGAAGAGAAUCUACCUGUGGAAGGCGCAGAUCUGAUGCUGGCCCUGGAGUCUAUAGUAAUCUCCACGGGCGUGCCCACCGGGCAAAACAACUCCAAACCCUUGCGGAUGGCACUGAAGUGUUUGGUGCAGCUGAGCAGGGCGGAGCCGGGCGCGUUCGCGGCGCGCACGUGCAGCGUGGUGGGGCGGCAGCUGGCGGCGGGCGGCGCGCGCGCCUGCGCGCUGCUGGAGGCGCUGGCGGCGCUGGGCGGCGGGCCGCACGCGCGCUGCCUGGCGCCCGCCAUGCCCGCGCUGCUGCACGCGCUGGACGCGCAGCUGCUGGGAGAUUCCGACGACGAUGGCACAGCCCUAGUUCUUCUCUGCACGGUGAUAUUCCAAGAGCGAGCGAGCACAGCCCUCACUUGCAAGAUCAACAUGUCCUGGCAAACCAGGGUGAUGGCAGUGAUAUACCGCGCAGAUGGCUGGACUAGGUACAGGAUUGCUAGAGCUGCUCUGAGAUACGGCCACCACAGCCUGGCAGCGGAUCUACUGAAGCGUCUGUCAGAAGAAGCCCCGACGGAGUCAGCUCAACGCUGGCUGACUGCGCUAUAUCGGGCCGCAUCUGCUGACGCUACGUUGCUGCAAGAGGGCAUAGCCGGGCUGGAAGCGGCGAGCGCGGGCUGGGAGGUGGCGGCGGGCUGCUACAGCAGCGCGGGCGGCGGCGGCGGCUGCGCGCCCGGCUGCGCGGGCUGCGCCGCCUGCACGCCGCUGCCCGCCGCCUGGCUGCACGCGCGCGCCGCCGCCACACGGGCGCUGGCCAGGGUUGCCCACGCCGCCGCCGCGCUGUGCACGCAACCGCCGCCCGCCAUCGCGCACGCUAACGCUCAGGCGGCGCGUGACCCGGCAGCGAAGGCAGGCGCCUGCGCAGGCGCACUGCGCAAGGCGGCGCGGGCCGUGGCUGCUGUCGCGCAGCGGUACGGAGACAUCGCGCGGAUGGCCUUCCACGCUGACGAGUCUACGCUGCGGCACUUGCAUAUUUCGCAACACACAUACACCCAACUAGCCCAGUUCCUAGAGCGCAUCACAUGCGGCAGUCAGGAACGCGCUGAGCCGGUGACCGCUGUGCUGAAGCCGACCACCCUCGAGGAGAAGAUGGCGCUCUGUGCCAGCGCCGCGCUUGCAGACAUCUCCAGCAAACUGCUCGAUAACCCCACCACCAACCCGCCCGUCACGCACCGGCACGCGGAGGCGGCGCUGGCGGCGGCCCGCGCGUGCGGCGGCGGCGCGCUGUGGCCGCGCGGCGUGUGCGCGGGGCGCGCGGGCGGCGCGCUGUGCCGCGUGUCGCUGGCGCCGGCCGCGCGCGCGCCGCCCGCCGACCACGCCGCCGCGCUGCCCGUGUCGCACCGCCUGGCGCUCAAGCUGGAGGGCGUCAUCCUGCCCGCCGUGCCGCUCAGUAAGAGGCAGCCCCAACGGGAAGUGAAGGGCGUUCAGAUCACAGUGACAGCGACGCCACACCCACGUACAAACGAAAAGUCGCAGACUGUGGAACUAACGAAUAUCCCACCAAUUCUGACCGCGGUACAAACGGUGACUCCCGUACGCGACUUCUUCUCAGCACAGCAGCUGGUUUCAGUAACCCAGCCAGGACUGUAUACAGUAGCCGUGGAGUGUGCCUUCGUGGACGAGCAGGGCCAACUGUGGAACACGGGACCCAGGACUGCCCGCGUUAUCAAGGCCCACGACGACCCGACUUCGAAGAGCACCGCGCAAACUACAAGGGCCAGAUUCUAGCGAUAAGUUACAUUUUAUUUAUAAGUAAUAGGAAUAUUAAUAAAUAAUUGCAAGUUUUGAAAGGUUUUUAAAAAAUAUAAUGAAAUAAAAACGUUAUCAGUA